AGUACGGAGCGAUCAGCUACAGUCCGAGCAGCACCGUGUGGCAUUGCAACGCCAAGCCCCCUCAAGGGCAAAUACUGCACUCGCAACACGUUUUCCUUCCAGUCGGGAGCAAGUUAAGGCUUUGGGAUUAGAGGAUUUCGGUUUCUAAAAAACUGAAGUAAGGCACGCGCUGGGAUAUAAUAUUUUAAACUCAACCGCGUUUUAAACUCAGCCAACAUUUGCUUUGACUCUGGUUUGCCUUGGUGGGCCUAUGUUAACUGGAUUUUGUUCUCUCUGAAGAGGUGGUGUCUGGGAACUGCAGAGUAUAUCUUUUCGGCAAGGGGUGUCCCUGUUGGUUACCCCAUUUUAAUUCUUCCUCUUUCCCAAGAGGGAGGGGGGGACAGGAGCAUAAAGACUGAUCAAUAAAUCAGCAAUCACACAAGCGCUUCAACUCACGGGGGGGAAAUCCGAGCUCUGAUUGGCCGGGCCAGGAAUGGUGGAUCACUUGGUAGCGAGCGAGGAGACGUUCCUGCCCUAUGGUGGCUCGCCGCCGGCGUACCACCUGUCGGACAUGGUGACCGACGUGGGCAGCUACCAGGUGCUGCCCUCGCCCUUCUCGGAGGACGACGUGAGCGACUCGUCGAGCCUGCGUUCCUGCUCCAGCCCGGACUCGCAGGUGCUGAGCUCCAGCUAUGGCAGCAGCUCCAGCGGGGAGAGCCAGGACAGCAUCCUGGACUUCCUGCUGUCGCAGACCUCGCUGGGAGGGGCCUCCGCUGCCGCCGCCGUCACCACGGCGACCGGGCUGCCCGGCUUCCUGUGGGGAGAGCCGAGGAGAGACUCGCAGGCCCAGCUGGUGAAGGAGGAGAGCUUCGACUUCCCCGUCUUCUCGGCCGACUUGGAGGACCGGCCGGGGCCCUUCCAGCCCACGCUGGAGGAGAUCGAGGAGUUCCUCGAGGAGAACAUGGAGGUGGUCGCCAUGAAACAGGAGCCAGGGGAGGGGCCCGGGUCAGAGGAGGGCGGCCAGAUGUUGGCGGAGUCACCGGAGGCUGUGCCUCAGUCCUCAGACCAGACUGUGCCCGUCGCCAGCGCCGCCAUCACCGCCAACGCCGAGACCAAAAGCACGCAGCCCGCACCGCCUUCCGGCCCCGCCUCCAGCCCCCCUGAGGGUGGAGUCAAAAAGGAAGCCUCCGGCAAACCAGUUUCCCCGGAUGGCGGCGGGAUGCCGGUCAUCCUGCAGAUCCAGCCAAUCCAAAUCAAGCAGGAGCCGAGCCCCCGCCCGCCCCCUGGCCCUCCGGCCCCGCCCGCCCCGCCCACACCGCAGCCGGCCGCGGACAUUAAAAUCGCCCAGCUGCUGGUGAACAUCCAGGGCCAGACCUUCGCCCUGGUGCCGCAGCUGCUGCCCUCCGCCAGCCUCAACGUCUCGUCCAAAUUCGUCCGCAUCGCGCCCGUCCCCAUCGCCGCCAAGCCCGCAGGCGUCGGGGAGGGCGGCUCGGGUAGCCAAGCGGCGGGCGCGCUGGCGGGGGGGCAGAAGUUCCCCAAAAACCCGGUGGCGGACCUUAUCAAAAUGCACAAAUGCACUUUCCCCGGCUGCACCAAGAUGUACACCAAGAGCAGCCACCUGAAGGCCCACCUGCGGAGACACACGGGAGAGAAGCCCUUCGCCUGCACCUGGCCGGGCUGCGGCUGGAGGUUCUCGCGUUCGGAUGAACUGUCCCGGCACAGACGCUCUCAUUCAGGGGUGAAGCCCUACCAGUGUCCUGUUUGCGAGAAGAAAUUUGCCCGCAGCGACCACCUGUCCAAACACAUCAAAGUCCAUCGUUUUCCAAGAAGCAGCCGGACAGCGCGCACCACAAACUGACCCCCCCCAUGAUAAAUCUCCAAAGGACUGCAGCCAAGGGGA